AUGGGCUGGACUGCAUUCCUACUGACUUACCUCUUCGGAGGGAUCACUUUUCUCCCCUUAGUUGUCGCUGCUAUUCUCCUCCACGCCUACUUCACUUUCCCAUACCGUGAUGAUGCCGAUAAGCUUCCGACAAGCACAGAAUCCGACGAUGUUGUUCAGCCUGGCGACGACGUCACCGCCUUGAAGGCCACAAAGAAGGACGAUGCAAAGCUCCGGACAAACCACAAGGACUAUGAGGUUGCUGCUGGAUAUUUUGCCGUCUGUCGUGAAUACACUCCCAUGGGCAUCAAUGCAAAACCCAUCGAACGUGCAACUCCUGUGGGUUCUGCAACGGUUGCUGCCCCCAGCCCGAGUGUCUACCAGACUAUGUACCGAAGUAUUUUCGACAGGAAGCAGCCUCCUAGCCCUCUUGAAAAUAGUAAUGGCAUGAACCAACGCCCGAAGAAAGCCGGGAAUGUGUUCUACGUGGUCUUGAGGCACGGGCAUCUGAUGCUCUUCGACGAUGACGAACAGCUUGAGGUCCGACACGUCGUAUCGUUGGCACACCACGACAUCAGCAUAUACUCAGGGGGAGACAAGACGCCCGAGGGUGAACUUUUUAUCAAACGAAAUGCGAUCUGCCUCACUCGACGUUCCGAUGGGUUGGAGCUUGGCCCGGAUAGCCAGUUGUCGAAGCCCUUCUACUUAUUCUCGGAGAAUUGUUCUACGAAAGAGGACUUCUACUUCGCCCUGUUGAGGAACCAGGAGCAAACCUUUGCUGCUGAAAACAAAACCGCCUCACCGCUCAACUUUGAAGUCGAGCACAUCAUCUCCUUGGUUCAGAAGUUGCACUAUUCGGAGGAGCAUCUCCAGACAAGGUGGCUUAACGCCAUGAUCGGGAGGCUCUUCCUGAGCGUUUACAAAACCAAGGAUGUGGAGACUUUCAUCAAGGAGAAGCUUACCAAGAAGAUAUCUCGAGUGAAGCGCCCUUCCUUCCUCUCAAAUAUCGAGAUCAAGAGUAUUGACACGGGGGACUCGGCACCGUACAUUACCAAUCCUCGGCUAAAGGACCUUACCGUUGCAGGAGAGUGUGGGAUCGAGGCUGAUUUUCGAUACACUGGAAACUUCAGGCUUGAGGUGGCCACCACAGCACGGAUCGACCUGGGAUCACGCUUCAAAGCGCGUGAAGUGAAUCUCGUUCUCGCCGUCGUUGUGAGGAAGCUUGAGGGUCAUGCCCUUCUCAAGAUCAAGCCUCCGCCAAGCAAUCGCGUUUGGUUCUCAUUCCAGCAAAUGCCCAAGAUAGAGAUGACGAUAGAACCAAUCGUCAGUUCGCGACAGAUUACCUACACACUCAUACUCCGUCAAAUCGAAAACCGCAUCAAGGAGGUCAUUGCGGAGACGCUGGUCCUUCCUUUCUGGGACGACACCCCCUUCUUUAAGACGGACCACAAGCAGUGGAGAGGAGGCAUAUUUGCCGGGGAUGACGCGGUAGAGUCAUCAUUCGACCCGGAAACCUCGCUUGCCCAGAUGGGAGACAUCGAAGAUGUGGAGCGACUCGAGGAGGGAGCUUCACCCGACCCCGGUCAGCCGGCGAUAGAGAAGAGUCACAGCCUACCAGUUGUCGAAGCAACCUCGGCUAUAAACAGGGACUUGGGCGGAAGAGUGACUAACAAGGGGCCGGCCAAGACAGUGGCCUCCUCUUCGGCUUCAACAACCGGGGUGGAUGUUAAGAGGAACGAGACACCACCCAUGAUGCCACGACCAGGGCGAUCGGGUUCCUUGGUCCAUCCCCCGACGCCGAUCGUUGGCACGGAUGCCACCCAUGCCGAUAUUUUCAAGCCUUCGUCCUCUCCACCUGACCAGAGUCCUGCGGCAACGGCUUUCGCACACAUCUCCAAGUCACAAGCCAGCUCUCCAGCCCAUGCACCUGCUACGAAUCCUUUCAAGCCAUAUAUUACAUCCAAGUCCUCGAGCCACUCAUCAAUGUCUUCCCGGGAAGCGACUGAUACAGAGAAGGACGGGAAAGACGGGAAGGAUAAGGAUUCUGACAAGGAUAAGGAUUCAGAGAAGGAUCCCGAAAAUCCACCCAAACCACGGCGUGACACAGCCUCUUCGGCAGGAAGUUACGAUGAAAGCCGCUCAUCCCUGUCGACUAAAGGGUCCAUUCGCAGCCAGAUGACAAGAGGAUUGUUCAGCCGCAGGGACACCCCGACCAACUCAUCGUCUGGACCACCAUCUCCAGGCACCCUUGACCAGCAGAAACGGACAGCCCUAGCCGCAGUUACCAAUGCGGCUGUAUCCGCUAAGAGAUGGGGCCUGAGUGCCUUACAAAGACACCAGGAAGGUGACAACAGUGGUUCAUCAUCCGCGGACAAGGGGCCGUCGUCGCCGCUAGACCUCAAUCAGCCAAUGGGAAGAGGCCGUCCACUCCCGCCUCCAGGGGUACCGCUGCCCAUGCCUGACAGGAAGACAAAGACGGCACCGAUCCCGGUGCCUCCACGCAAGCCUGUGCCUCCGCCGAUUCUGCCCGGGCGAUCUUCUACCGAGGCCCACGCCGGACGUCGUCCCGUGCCCCCUCCGCCGCUUCCCAAGCGCAGGCAGGUGCCCGUCGAGGCGGGACAAGGAGACGGCGACGGGAUUUUCGUCGUUGAGGCGCCGGCGGACUCGGAGCCCACCACGCCGCUGAGUGGGUGCAGUCAGUCGUCCUACGUACAGCCGUGGGUCGACGAUGGCGAGAUCGGGGAUGGAGAUGUGGACGCUCCGUCCGGCAAGGAGAACGGGAUGCCCCCGGCGGUGGCGUCGGCGGAUUUUAAUCCCGUGUCACAUGCCCCGCCUUCGCCACCAAGGAAGCAAAUAGAGCAUGAGCUAGACGAGGGAGAGGACGAGGGCUUCUCGGCGUGGACGGAGGACACAGAGCCGACAGACUCUGUGGCGGGUAUGCUUGCUCCCAGUGAGGUAAUUGCUCGCUAA